GAUGCUGAAAAAAGCAUCAACAGGAAAUGAGUGUCCGAUAAACAGCAACAGCAUCUCUCUCACUAACUCACUCUUCCCCACUGCGUGGCUAUUUCCAGGACAGAUUGAUCGCAAGAUCGAGUUCCCCCUGCCCGACGAGAAAACCAAGAGGCGCAUCUUCAGUAUCCACACCAGCAGGAUGACCGUGGCCGACGACGUGACCCUAGACGAGCUCAUCUUGGCCAAAGACGACCUCUCCGGGGCUGACAUUAAGAUCCUCACAGAUCCUUAGUCCUCCUCAUCUCCCUUCAUGCCCCUAGCUGUCAGAGCCUGUGGGAGGUGACUGCUCCUUUUUGGGCCCUACAGUAAAGGGAAAGCUUUCACAGGCCUGUGUGAGGCCUGUCUGGCCCUGCCGAUCACGUCUCACUCGUGUGUGUCACUGCCUGUCAAUCAUCAGCAUCCAUACGCAUCCCUGCGGUCGCUGUCAUUACUGCAUCCAGACAAGCCGCCGGAGCCGCGCUCGCUUUCCAUCACAGAUGCUGCUGUGCGCUUUCCUGCUUGGACGAGAGACGCAAGAGGGGUCAGGUCUUUCUGAAGUACGCCGUAAGACUUCACUCCGAGA